GCUGUCGCCGCAAUCUCCCUUGGCGCCAGUGCCUUCAUGCCGGCCGGGCACUGGGUCGACAUAUGGGUGACCAUGCCCCAGUUGACCGAGUACUACAACGUACCCAAUCCACCGUUCAACGGCACGAACUCAAUAUUCACGAACUCCACAAUUCGCCAGACGCUGCACACGUCGAUCCCAGCCGAAUCCUACAUUAGGAUCCGCAUCUCGAACGCCUUUGGUGUGAAUGAUUUUCCCAGCACUCAAGUCGCGGUCGCCCUGCCCCUGGAUGGUGCGGCUGGCUCGCCACAGAUCGUGCCCGGUUCCUCCGUGCCGCUCACGUUCUCCGGAAACACCUCCAUCAUUAUCCCGGAUGGAGCUCAGGUUGUCUCAGACCCGAUUUACUACCCCCUGGAGGCACAGAGCAUGGUGACGGUGACGCUCUACACCAAGGCUGGCCAAGAGGGCUUCUACAUCACGAGCCACCCUGGCAGCCGUACUAACACUUGGUACAGCCUUGAUAACUAUGUAGAUGCUCUCAACCUGACGGAUCCUUCGACGCAAUACGAGGCGCACUGGUUCUUCCUGAGCGCCAUCGAGGCCUGGCCACCUCUGACGACAAGCGGAUGGGUGAUCGUAGGUGACAGUAUCACAGACGGCCGCGGUAGUGACACCGACGAGAACAACCGGUACAAUACCUUUGCGUUUGCAUUGCCGUCAGACCCCUUCACGGCUGGCAUCGCGGUCCUCAACCAAGCCGCGGGAGGCAACCGCAUUCUCUACGACGGUCUCGGUCCUAAUGCACUCGGGCGUAUCGAGCGGGACGUGCUCGCGCAGUCCGGUAUCAAGGACGCGAUGAUCUUCGAGGGCGUGAACGACAUCGGGACGGCCGCGACAGACGUGUACUCGCAGCAGGUCGUCGGCAACCGGCUCAUCCAGGCAUUCGAGCAGAUCGUCACGCGCGUGCACACGUUCGGCAUCCCGAUCAUCGCGGCGACGAUCACGCCCUUCGGCGCGCCCAACAGCACCAUCCAGCCGUACGCGGACUCGCAGCGCGAGAUCACGCGCCAGCGGGUGAAUGCGUGGAUCAGGGACAGCGGGAGGUUCGACGCGGUCAUCGACUUUGACGCGAUCGUACGGGACCCGAACAACGUGACGGAACUAAACCCUGCGUAUAACUCAGGCGACUACUUGCAUCCGAACGUCGCGGGGUACACGGCGAUCGCGGACGCGUUCCCGAUUGAUCUCUUUGAGAGGUUUGCUUUCGGGGUGCAUAGCUUCCAGUAGGACUAUUGUUGUCCUUGACUUCAAGUAGGGUUUUUUGCGAUGGACUUAUGAAGGUGCACACUUGCGGC